AUGAAUCAAGCAAAUGAAACUAAUUUUAUUUACUUUGUCAUCGAGGGGAUUUCUGACCUCCCCGAGCUCCAGGUUCCGAUCUUCCUCCUGGUUCUUCUCAUCUAUCUCAUCACUCUUGGGGGUAACCUGACCAUCCUGCUCCUCAUCUGCCUGGACCGUCGCCUCCGCACCCCCAUGUACUUCUUCCUAGGUAACCUCUCCGUCCUGGACAUGUCUUCUACCGUAGUGACUCUACAUAAAGUCCUUCUUAUCGCAAUAACGGGAGAUAAAAGUGUUUCUUACGUGGCUUGCGUGGCACAAUUGUACAUUUUUGCGUCCUUAAUCGGAGAUGAGCUCCUGCUAUUGGCCGCCAUGAGCUACGACCGCUAUUUGGCCAUCUGUAGACCAUUGCAUUAUCACAAGGUGAUGAACCAGAGGCUCUGUUGUGUUUUGGCAAUCACAAGCUGGUUGUUGGGUUGUCUGGAAAACAUACCCCUUGUUGUGUUACUAUCAAUGUUAACUUGUUUUAGAUCCAAACAAAUAAACCACUACUACUGUGACAUUUUACCGCUGAAGGAAAUCUCCUGCAGCGACACGUCUGCGUUGGACCUCUUAAUUUUUGUAAGUGGAACGUUCCAUACAUCGGUCUCAUUUUUCCUGACUUUCAUACCUUAUAUUUUCAUUAUCUCCUGUAUUUUGAGGAUAAGCUCCCGCGUCGGAAGACGUAAAGCCUUCUACACGUGUUCCUCGCACCUCGCGGUCGUCGUCCUGCUGUACGUGACCCUUGUCUUCCAAUACCUGCGAUCUAAUGCGGCAGAGCGCCUGGACACCAACAAACUGUUUAACACGGCAGCAGUCCCCAUGCUGAACCCACUGAUUUACAGCUUGAAAAAUAAAGACGUGAAGUCGUCGUUACGACACAGAAUUAAAAUGUGCGGGUCGAUUAAAUGUCUAAAAAUCUGUUCUUCACAGAAAAUCAGGGCAAUGGGCAACUCUCUUCUCUAA